UGUGCGAGUGGGAGUGUGCGAGUGGGAGUGUGCGAGUGGGAGUGUGCGAGUGGGAGUGUGCGUGUGCGUGUGCGAGUGUGCGUGUGGGAGUGUGCGUGUGGGAGUGUGCGUGUGGGAGUGUGCGUGUGGGAGUGUGCGUGUGGGAGUGUGCGAGUGCGUGUGGGAGUGUGCGAGUGCGUGUGGGAGUGUGCGAGUGCGUGUGGGAGUGUGCGAGUGCGUGUGGGAGUGUGCGAGUGCGUGUGGGAGUGUGCGAGUGCGUGUGGGAGUGUGCGAGUGCGUGUGGGAGUGUGCGAGUGCGUGUGGGAGUGUGCGAGUGCGUGUGGGAGUGUGCGAGUGCGUGUGGGAGUGUGCGAGUGCGUGUGGGAGUGUGCGAGUGCGUGUGGGAGUGUAGCGAGUGCGUGUGGGAGCAAGAGUGCGGAGGUGCAGUGCGGGAGUGUGCGAAGUGCGUGUGGUGUGCAGUGCGUGUGCGAGUGGCGGUGCGGUGGGAGUGUGCGAGUGCGUGUGGGAGUGCGGGAGGGAGCGUGUGGGAGUGUGCGAGUGCGUGUGGGAGUGUGCGAGUGAGCGUGUGGGAGUGUGCGAGUGCGUGUGGGAGUGUGCGAGUGCGUGUGGGAGUGUGGGAGUGCGUGUGGGAGUGUGCGAGCGAGUGUGGGAGUGUGCGAGCGAGUGUGGGAGUGUGCGAGCGAGUGUGGGAGU